GCUCCUCCAGGAGUGCAAGCCAGGAGGGAGGGGGGAAGGAAGCCGGGCAUGCUCAGUAGGCGGGACAAAGUUUUCUCUCUCGCUCGUUUGCUUGCUCGCUCCUUCCCUAUCACCCUCGUUCGCUACAACACCCCCCCCCCUUUUUUUUUUUUUUGGUCACAAGUAGGAAGCUUUUUGCACUCCACCACCUCUGGCCGCUGGGAAGACGUCACCGCUUCCGCCCUACUUCCUCCUCCCGCUGGCGGCGGUGAGAAUCCAAUAUGGAGUAAAUCGGAGGAGUGGAGAGAUGGGGCUCGGACGGGGCGUCCAGCACCGCCUCUCCGGCGCACCUCCCCCCGCCGCCCAACGCUCCCCGGAACCGUGAUUGGCCCGCCCCAGCCCCGGGGGCGACCCUGCACCGAGCCCCCAUCCGCGGCAGCCGUCCUCGCCGGCUCUGUGCAGUCCCCGCCGCUCCGCCGCGCGCUUGUUUUUCUCCUUCUCCCCCCCCCCCCCCCAGCGCGUCCCCGGCCCAGAUUCCCCACUCCGCUCGCUCCUGAGACCCUGGGGCCCCCGCCCGCCCGGCCCUUGGCGCUGCGGGGCUCACCCUUCCCGCAACCUGCCUUUGCACCCCUUCCUCCAGACCUCGCCCCGCACUUCGUUCGCCUCUCUCCCCCUUCUGCGACCCCUCUUUCGUCUCUAGCUGCUUUCCCCCCCCACCCCCCCAGCCAAAUCAGGCGAUCUCUGGAGAUGUGAAGGGGGGGGUGAGCGGACAGGAAGAUGAAGGGAGCAAAGCUGCCCGCCGCGGGACAGGCGUCUAGGUGAACAAGAAAAUGACCGAGGAAACACACCCGGACGAUGACAGCUAUAUUGUGCGUGUCAAGGCUGUGGUUAUGACCAGAGAUGACUCCAGCGGGGGAUGGUUCCCACAGGAAGGAGGCGGGAUCAGUCGUGUGGGGGUCUGUAAGGUCAUGCACCCCGAAGGCAAUGGACGAAGCGGCUUUCUCAUCCAUGGUGAACGACAGAAAGACAAACUGGUGGUAUUGGAAUGUUAUGUAAGGAAAGACUUGGUAUACACCAAAGCCAACCCAACAUUUCAUCACUGGAAGGUUGACAAUAGGAAGUUUGGACUAACUUUCCAAAGCCCUGCUGAUGCUCGAGCCUUUGACAGGGGAGUAAGGAAAGCAAUUGAAGACCUUAUAGAAGGCUCGACAACAUCAUCUUCCACCAUCCAUAACGAAGCUGAACUUGGUGAUGAUGACGUCUUUACAACAGCUACAGAUAGUUCUUCUAAUUCCUCUCAGAAGAGGGAACAACCUGCUCGGACAAUCUCCUCUCCCACAUCCUGUGAGCACCAGAGAAUUUAUACUAUGGGCCACCUCCACGACUCAUAUCCCACGGACCACUAUAACCUCGAACAGACGAGGACCUACCGCCAGGUGAACUUCCCCGAUGACGACGAGGAAAUCGUCCGCAUCAACCCCAGAGAGAAGAUCUGGAUGACAGGCUACGAAGACUACCGACAUGCCCCAGUGAGGGGCAAGUACCUGGACUCCUCAGAGGAUGCAGACUCCUACGUGCGCUUCGCCAAAGGUGAAGUCCCCAAACACGAUUACAACUACCCCUACGUGGACUCCUCAGAAUUUGGCCUGGGUGAGGACGCCAAGGGCCGAGGAGGCAGCGUGAUCAAGACCCAGCCACCCCGUAGCAAAUCCAGGCGGAGGAAGGAGGACGGGGAGCGCUCCCGAUGCGAGUACUGCAGGGACAUGUUCAACCACGAGGAAAACCGGAGGGGCCACUGUCAGGACGCCCCCGACUCUGUGAGAACUUGCAUCCGCCGGGUGAGCUGUAUGUGGUGUGCGGACAGCAUGCUCUAUCACUGUAUGUCGGACCCCGAGGGAGACUAUACAGACCCCUGCUCGUGCGAUACCAGCGACGAGAAGUUUUGCCUCCGGUGGAUGGCUCUUAUUGCCUUGUCUUUCUUGGCCCCCUGUAUGUGUUGUUACCUGCCUCUGCGGGCCUGCUACAACUGUGGGGUGCUGUGCAGGUGCUGUGGUGGGAAGCACAAAGCGGCUGUAUGACUCACUUUCCCCCUAUUCCCACCCCCUUUUACGCCCACAGCCACAAGGGAACUCGUUAUCUCCUACUAACUCCUGUCUUCACCCCUGCUCUCUCCCACCCAAAGGAGCAAGGAAGCCAAGACCCCCACUCCCCCAGCUCCAUGGUACCUUGCACUCAUUUCUAGCCUGGGGAUCCUGCGUGGUGGAGUCUGAAGCUUCCCACUCCCCAGCCAUCCACUCUCCCUCAGCCACACACCCCUCCACUCACAGACCCCCCCCACACACACACACAGUGUUCUAAGGAACCUUCGAAUAGACUCUGUAUUAUUACCAAUCUGUAAUCAAGCUAACUGUCUGACUGUGUUAAUUUCCUCUCUCUCUCCUCCCCACCUCUACCAAUUCAGAGGCACCUGCUGAUUUCUGAUGGAUUAGUAGUUGGUUUUUCCAUGAGCAUCCAAGACUUAUCUUUCUCUUGGGUUCAGCUCAUCUGUUGCUAAAAGGCACCAGGUUCCUAAGGAGAAAUGUGAUGCCAGAAUGAUGGAGCUUUGCCAGAAGUAUUUUAACCUGCAGUCAGUUACCAAGAAUAUGAGGUGAACUGUUUAACAAACUAUACCAUGGAACAAGAACACUUUAACUUUUCUAAAAAACCAAAUUCCCCAUGUAAGCUGCAGUUUCUAUCUUGAACCCAUCGUUUUCUGUCCCCUCUCCCCUCCCCCAUAUCUGUCAGUUAUUCCCCACUUCAAAUCAUUAAACAAGGAAAUGACUUGAGAAUUGAGCCUUAACUCCAGAUGGAGAAUCAGGAAAAUUCCUUAAACUGCAUUGCAUCUUCUUGGACCAGGGCUAGAAAGGGAACUUUGGGUUCUUAUCAUCCUUUCCCAAUUGCCCCUAAAGUAGAACUUUUUAAAACUGUGUCACCACCACUUCUAAAAAUUUAGCAAUAUUUGAAGAAAAUGCUAAAAAUGAAAUUUUGCUUGGUGUUUUGCAAACCAAAUAAUAUAUUCAAACACAAAAUAAUAUUAUAUGCUCCUAACCGUUCAGUUGAGAAACACUGAUAAAGUUAUGGUAAGUUGAACUGCAGGAGCUUUUUUUUUUUUUUCCCCUGCUGGCUGUUUUCUACAAACCAGGGGAAAUUUUAAACAUCAUAAAUUUGAAGAGUGGUGAGUUGCAUUUUUUUUUUUUUUUUAUGAGUUUGUGUACUUGUUUUCACCUUAGAUUCAAUUUCACAUCACAAGUUCUUUGUUUAUACUUAGGAAGAAAUAAGGCCAUAUGUAAAAACCCUACCUAUGCCUAAGUGUCUUCUGUAGCUCCAAGCCCAGACUUGCCACUUUGGGGUUCACUUUGGGUGCGCAGGUGGUUGGUUAGUUCAACAGACUGGGUCCACCUGCCACUUUGCCAGAGAAGAGGCUUCUCUAACUAGCUGGAAAAGAGUAUUUUUCUAGUUUAGUGCAAGAAUAGCCAAAUCUUCUUACUGCAGAAAGCAGGAAAAAUGAAGACUGUGGUUUCUUAUGCCUUGCAUAGUACAAUCAGAAUGCCAAGGAGACAAGAAAGGGCAGGCUUGUCACUGCUGGCUGUUCUUCACACCAUGAUCUUUCUGUGGUAACUACCAGCCAAGGGCAUGGCCUGGUCCCUCUCCUCACGUCCCCCACCCCUUCUUUCUUGCACACAGGACAUCAGUCUUAAAAGACAGGAACUUUUUUUUUCCCAGUUUGUCAAUCAUACUGGGAAAACACUUGUCACACUUAACCAUCAGGGGAAUGUUUUCAGCUUGUCUGAAGAGCCCAUCAAAUUUUGUUAUUGAGAUCACUGGUGUAAAUAUACCCAGUUUACUCCCAAGUUAGUUGAUAGAUAUCUUUCCUUUGUUGGAGUUUCUGGUUUAGGCCUUCUGGUUUAGAAAAGAAAAAGAAAAGAAAGCACUGCCUUCUGGUGACAGAAGAAAAAAGAACCACUUCCUGCCUGGAAAGCAUCUAGAAAACCUUCAGCCAGCCUCCAGACAUUGUGGAGAGAGCAUCUCCCUACCCCCACCCCACCUUUGAGGUAUUUCCUCAGGGUCUUGCUCAAGGUCUCCUCUCUACAAAGCACAACACUAAUAUUGUUUUGUUCACUUCAGUUCAAGUGCCCCUAUUUAUUUCUGUAAGAAUACACACCUCCCAGACAGUUUUUUGUUUGUAGUCUCCAUCCAGUCCUUACUUGUUUCUAUCUUCCUUGACCCUUUUUUUCCACACCUUUCAAGAGUUAUGCUAGUGAAUCUUAACUCUACGGAUACUUUUUUUUUUUUCUUUUUUGGUUUAUAAAGGCAGCGAUUCUGGGCACAACGACAGCCAUGAAGACAUUAAAUGUAAAUACGUCUCAUUAAUCACCACACUGCAGCUGAACAGUGUGUAGUGUUUUCCCAGUCACCUUUGCCAUACUGACAUCAAUCAUUUGAGAGAAAUUAUUCAGAUUUUAUUUUUGUAUCUGUGGUAACAAAACAUUAACCAAAAGAUUUUCUGUUUGGAAGCUUCCCCCAACUCUCCUGAAGCUACUUGCUCACAUUAACAAAUUAAAGUGCCUGAAGCAUAAUUCAUUCUUUACCUGUAUACAAAAAAAAAAGAAAAGAAAAACAAAACAAAAAAAUACCUGUUGUAUCAAUUUUUUUAUAAUAAGCCUUUUUACCUCUGUAAAAAAUAUAUAUAUAAGUGUAUGAUGUACAUUUUAGUUCUUAACUUUUUUUAUGGUUUCUAAUAUGUAUGACCAAUAUAGCCAUUGCUUUAAAAAUGUACCAUGUAAAUAUAAACACAUCCUAUCUGA